CUGCUCAUCAAGUCACAGUAAUGAGAAGCUGUGCACUCCCUCUUGGCUGGGGCAGAGCUGUCUAUCCCCAGCCAGCUGCAUGGCUGACCUGAGCGAUCUCUCAGCAAGCCUAUCAUGGUUCAGCCAUAGAGCCUGUGUUCCCAAGGGCCUCAUGUGUUGGACAGCCAGAGGGCUGCUCCUGCUGGGAAGAGCCUUCUGGACAUGGAGGAGGCUGCUUUGCUUAGGAUGAUCCCGGAGAAACUGCUGGACUUCUGCCUUGACACUUGGCCCUUGGCUGCCUUGUCCACCUCUCUUUCUACCUUGCAGUCCGAGGGAGCUCUUGGGCUCCUGGCUGCCUUACUGGUGUGUCAGCAUUGAUGCUGGAAGCGUGCAGUUGGCUGCCUUUUUGAUGCAGCCCUCACAACCUCCCCUAUAAGCUGAGAGAAGGGCUUAGGAGAAGGGGAGUUUGUUUCUGGGAUGACACUCGAGAGCUGUGGGGAUACCUGUUUGUGGGGCUCUGCCGCUGGCGGAGAACUUCUGCUUGGAAGCUUCCUAACUCCUGGUCUCUCCGUGCCAAGCUGGCCGGGGAUCUGGUACUGCCUGCCUCUGACCCUCUAUGACCUUCUUUUGUCUUCUGGUCUAAAGCUUCUUCCUGGUGCAGAGGUAGAUCAUGAUCCUGUUUGCCUGCAGGGCAGGGGUGAAGGAAGAGUGGAGCCAGGCACAGAGCAUCCUGAGGAGGUGUCUGUGCUGCCCUGGGUGCCUCCUGGAGUCUGCCCUGGGCUGAAAGUGCUGCCACCCUGCACCCGCUUUGGUUUGGUGAACACUUGUGGCCUUGAAUGUAAAUAGUGUUCGGGGUAUUCUUUGUGAGUCUUGGGCCGAAACUCUUGUGGUGAUCCUUGUAUCAUCUGCUUGUUAUGUAAUGUGACAACAUGGGUAUGAAAUGGAAACCAGAUGUCAGGGUGGAGCAAAGGAAUUCUUCCCCAGUGUGCGCGGCAGAGCAGACUGGAGUUUCCUCCCAGUUAAAGCGCUGAAUGCCCUCAGAGGAGUGACUGCGGAGGGGCUUCUGGGAUUAAGCAAAGGUCUUGGCUGAAGAUGGUCUUUCUGGCCGAGACCAGCCUGUGGAGCUGCUGAACCCUGCCCGUGUGAACCACAUGCCCAGCACGGUGGAUGUGGCCACGGCACUGCCCUUGCAGGUGGCGCCCACUACAGUGCCCAUGGACCUGCGCCUGGACCACCAGUUCUCGAUGCCUGUAGCUGAACCGGCGCUCCGGGAGCAACAGCUGCAGCAGGAGCUCCUGGCACUGAAGCAGAAGCAGCAGAUCCAGCGGCAGAUCCUCAUUGCUGAGUUCCAACGACAGCACGAGCAGCUGUCCCGACAGCAUGAGGCCCAGCUGCAUGAGCACAUAAAGCAGCAGCAGGAGAUGCUGGCUCUCAAGCACCAGCAGGAACUGCUGGAGCACCAGCGCAAGCUGGAGAGGCACCGCCAGGAGCAGGAGCUGGAGAAGCAGCACCGUGAGCAGAAGCUGCAGCAGCUCAAGAACAAGGAGAAGGGCAAGGAGAGUGCUGUGGCCAGCACAGAGGUGAAGAUGAAGCUCCAGGAGUUUGUCCUCAACAAGAAGAAGGCGCUGGCCCACCGGAACCUGAACCAGUGCAUUUCCAGUGAUCCCCGCUUCUGGUAUGGGAAGACACAGCACAGCUCCCUGGACCAGAGCUCUCCACCCCAGACGGGGGUGUCAGCCUCCUAUAACCACCCAGUCCUGGGGAUGUACGAUGCCAAAGAUGACUUCCCUCUGAGGAAGACAGCUUCUGAACCCAACCUGAAAUUGCGGUCUCGGCUUAAGCAGAAAGUGGCAGAGAGACGGAGUAGCCCCCUGCUGCGCAGGAAGGAUGGGCCCGUGGUUACUGCUCUAAAAAAGCGCCCCUUGGAUGUCACAGACUCUGCGUGUAGCAGCGCCCCAGGCUCCGGGCCCAGCUCACCCAACAGCAGCUCUGGCAACGUCAGCACUGAGAAUGGCAUUGUGUCCACUGUGUCCAGCGUCCCAGCCGAGACGAGUUUGGCGCACAGACUUGUGACUCGAGAAGCCUCCGUCGCCCCGCUCCCUCUCUAUACAUCGCCAUCCCUGCCCAACAUUACCUUGGGACUUCCUGCUACAGGCCCUUCCACUGGCACCGCGGCCCAGCAGGACGCUGAAAGGCUUGCGCUCCCUGGCCUGCAGCAGCGGAUCUCCCUCUUCCCUGGCACCCACCUGGCCCCUUACCUGGGAGCCUCGCCCCUGGAGCGGGACAGUGGUGCGGCACACAACCCCCUUCUGCAGCACAUGGUCCUGCUUGAGCAGCCGCCCACACAGACUCCCCUUGUCACAGACUGGUGUCUUCCAGGUCUGGGUGCUCUGCCCCUGCACGCACAGCCCCUGGUCGGCGCAGACCGCGUAUCCCCAUCCAUGCACAAGCUGCGGCAGCACCGCCCAUUGGGGCGCACGCAGUCGGCACCGCUGCCACAGAGCGCACAGGCGCUGCAGCACCUGGUAAUCCAGCAGCAGCACCAGCAGUUCCUGGAGAAGCACAAGCAGCACUUCCAGCAGCAACAGCUGCACAUGGGCAAGAUAAUCCCCAAAUCCAGUGAGCCGGCCCGGCAGCCCGAGAGCCACCCUGAGGAGACGGAGGAGGAGCUCCGUGAGCACCAGGCCCUGCUGGAUGAGCCCUACCUGGACCGGCUCCCAGGGCCAAAGGAGGGGCAUGCUCUGGCUGUGCAGGUGAAGCAGGAGCCCAUUGAGAGCGAUGAGGACGAAGUGGAGCCCACACGGGAGGCAGAGCCUGGCCAGCGCCCACCCACCGAGCAGGAGCUGCUCUUCAGACAGCAAGCACUCCUGCUAGAGCAGCAGCGGAUCCACCAGCUGAGGACCUACCAGGCAUCCAUGGAAGCUGCAGGCAUUCCCGUGUCCUUCAGCAGCCACCGGCCUCUGUCCCGGGCACAGUCCUCCCCAGCAUCUGCCACUUUCCCCGUGACUGUCCAGGAGCCCCCCAGCAAGCCAAGGUUCACCACAGGCCUUGUGUACGACACGCUAAUGCUGAAGCACCAGUGUGCCUGUGGGAACACGAACAGCCACCCCGAGCAUGCCGGGAGGAUCCAGAGCAUCUGGUCCCGCCUACAGGAAACUGGACUCCGCAGCAAGUGUGAGUGUGUCCGAGGACGGAAGGCCACACUGGAAGAGCUGCAGACGGUACACUCGGAGGCCCACACGCUCCUCUACGGCACAAACCCUCUCAACAGGCAGAAGCUGGACAGUAAGAAACUUCUAGGCUCCCUGACCUCCGUGUUUGUGAGGCUCCCUUGCGGUGGUGUCGGGGUGGACAGCGACACCAUCUGGAAUGAGGUGCACUCGUCAAGUGCGGCCCGUCUGGCUGUGGGUUGCGUGGUGGAGUUAGUCUUCAAGGUGGCCACAGGGGAGCUGAAGAAUGGCUUUGCUGUGGUACGGCCCCCAGGACACCACGCGGAGGAGAGCACGCCCAUGGGCUUUUGCUACUUCAACUCUGUGGCAGUGGCAGCCCGGCUCCUGCAGCAGCGGCUCAGUGUGAGCAGGAUCCUCAUUGUGGACUGGGAUGUGCACCACGGGAAUGGAACCCAGCAGGCUUUCUACAGUGACCCCAGUGUCCUCUACGUGUCCCUGCACCGCUAUGACGACGGAAACUUUUUUCCAGGCAGCGGCGCACCUGAUGAGGUGGGCACGGGGCCAGGCGUGGGCUUCAACGUCAACAUGGCCUUCACGGGUGGCCUUGACCCCCCCAUGGGAGACACGGAGUACCUGGCAGCCUUCAGAACCGUGGUCAUGCCAAUCGCCAGCGAGUUUGCCCCAGACAUGGUGCUGGUCUCAUCGGGCUUUGAUGCUGUGGAGGGCCACCCUGCACCUCUCGGAGGGUACAAUCUCUCUGCCAAAUGUUUUGGGUACCUCACGAAGCAGCUAAUGGGCCUGGCUGGUGGCCGCAUCGUGCUGGCCCUCGAGGGAGGACACGACCUCACAGCCAUCUGCGACGCCUCCGAAGCCUGCGUGUCUGCUUUGUUAGGAAAUGAGCUUGAGCCUCUGCCAGAAAAGGUCUUACAGCAAAGACCCAAUGCCAAUGCCGUCCGCUCCAUGGAGAAGGUCAUGGAGAUCCACAGUAAGUACUGGCGCUGCCUACAGCGCUUGUCCUCCACGGUGGGGCACUCGCUGAUCGAGGCACAGAAGUGUGAGAAUGAAGAAGCCGAGACAGUCACCGCCAUGGCCUCACUGUCCGUGGGUGUGAAGCCCACUGAGAAGAGGCCGGAGGAGGAGCCCAUGGAAGAGGAGCCACCCCUGUAGCACCUCUCGAAGCUGCUGUCUCUCCUUUGUUUGUCUGUCUUGAAGCUCAGCCAGGAAACUUUCCCAUGUCACUCAUGCGUCCCGCACAGGCUCUCUGAGCACAGGGAUGCCAGGCGUGCAGCAGCAGCCAGAGGCCUUUCCGCCACCCUGACGCACACCGGUGUGGCAGCCUCUUUCGGACACGGGACAGUGGCGACGUGCGCUCAGACGCACAGACACGUGGAAGCCAAGCACACUUGGGCAGCCCCCGGCAAAGCCACAGGAUGGAGCUGUGGCGGCUGGGGAUAGAGUUGCCGGAUUUAGUUGACACGAGGAAAGGAAAAUGAAAAUCAAAGAUCUAAUAAUACAAAACAAACUUGAUUAAAACUGGUGCUUAAAGUUUGAUUCUUACCCACAUCUACAGUCUCCGUGUAAACCACUCAGCUCAUCUUGUAGCUUAUUUUUUUUUUUAAACAGAAAGUUUUCUACAGCUCUGGCCUGUCCCAGGAGCCUUUGAGGCAUCCCCUGGGGCAUGCAGCCAGGCAGGGACAGAGUUGGAGGAACCUUUAACGGAAAGACUGGACAAAGUGGAAUGGGAGCCUGGGGAUCAGCGUGAGCUCAAAGCCAUCGGAAGAUACGAGUUUGUGCCUUUUUUUUACUGCUCUGAUGGAUUUUUGUGGCUGGGUUUUCUGAAGUCUGAGGAACAAUGCCUUAAGAAAAAAUCUACAGCAGGAAUUGGGGAGACCGUGUCCUAUGGUUGGGGAGCCCAGUGGUGCUGGCCUGGCGCUCCAAGGGCAGCACUACCGCCCACAGCGGCUGUGUGGCCGGCUGUGUGGGGUGCGGCUGUGUGGCCGUCUGAGGAAGUGGAGGUGUUCCUUCCGGAAGCGCGGCUGACACUGCUGGGGGUUGAAGUCCAGCAACUGUUGAAUGAAUCCAAAGUGUUCUUUCCUCACCCGUCCCGUGGCAGUGAGCAUCUCCAUUUGGUCGUGAAGCAUGUCGUAGACGCACACCUGCGUGCCGCGGUCGGAAUGCUUUCAUCCAGAGCAAGCAGCAUGAAGCAUUGCUUACCUUAGGUCUAAAUAAAUAUAUAUAUAUAGAUAUAUAUAUAUGUAUAAUACAUAUUCCAAUGUAUCCCAAGCUAAGAAACUUGAUUCUUCUGAGAUCUUGGUAAAUAUUUAUAUGCAUUUAUAGAAAAUAUAUCUAUAUAAUAAAUGCAGAUCGUGAAGGUCCUGGCAAGUGGAGGGCUUGGCGCCAGCUCCGCGGUGCUAGGGAGAGCGGUCCGGGCGGAGGCCACGGCGCUGAGCUCUGAUGGCAGCUUUCUGAGCGAGUACCACCGUUUGCCCCGGGCAGCUUCCCUACCUGUUUGUACUUUCAUUUUAAUUAUUUUCUAACAGAGGCCCCACUCUCCAAGCCUCAAUGCACUUAGGUACCUAAUGAGUUUUUGUAGCAAAGGAUAUAAAUUUGCUGUUGAUUUUUGUAUGAAUUUUUUCACAAAAAGUUCCUUAAAUAAGCAUUGUUUUGUGAAUUUUACAUUUUUUUUCUCUCCAUUUAGCAGUUUUCUGAAUGGUAAUAAUGUCUAAAACUUUUUCUUUUCUAAAUUCUUGAUUGAACCUUUUUUUACCUUGGAUGGUUUUUUUAUGAUUUGUUUGUGUUUCUUUCGUGCUGGGAGCAGGCCCCUGCCGCGCCCCUGGGAACUGACUUUCUGAACGUGAGCAUCCAGUGGGGUAAGGAGCCAGGCCUUCCCGGUGACACCAGCCAGUCUGUCUGUCCUGGCUCCGUCCCAGGAGCUGUGCAGAGGAGCCCAGGGCCCAGCUCCCCGCGUGUUCCUGUGUCAGGGGUGGUGUUUUGCUGGCCCGGACUUCAGCACUGAUGAGUCGUGUGUGGACCCCUCUGCCCACACCAGAACAGACCCCUAGGCCCGGUUUCCCAGAGACUUUCCACGUAUGUCAGCCCCACGCGGCCCACCAGCCCUUCCCGUGCUGGGGUUUGUGUGGGAAGCCGGGCCUGCUGCCUGCCCUGAGCGUGCGCUCCUGGAGGCACCCCAGGGCUUUGUCUUUGCUCUUUUUCUCUUUACAGAACUGACAGCCACUUUUACCGGUAACUUAUUUUAUAGCACUUGAAGCCACCAAUUUCAUUCCAAAGUGUGUCAUAGUUCGGACCUGAGGGAGGAGGUGCAGAGGCUCAGGAGGGACACCGAGCCAGGUUUCCAAAUUGGGGGACGUUUACAGGGUAGACACAAACUCAGCCGGACUAGUGCCUGGAUGAGCGCGUCUUCUUGGUCUCCCGGUCACUGUCCCAUUGGGCAUUGCCCAGACGGCAGGCAGAGAGCAGGGCAGUACGGUCUCGGGGUGCAUUUGAGUUUCCCCGCCCCAUGGGCUUCUCUUGGCACCAAAGCCCCUUGGCAGGAAGCUGCCCAGGUCCCUUCCCACUGGUGGCGCUGCUUGGUGACAGGCUGGCACCAGCUCUUCCAGCCUCCACACCCUGUGGCCCUGUGCCCCCAUGGCGCCUAAGGGGCCACAUCAUUUCACUGUGCUUUCAGACAGGGAUAACUUGGGCCGCUGGGUGGCCAGGUUGUCACCACCCGGGGCUCCCAGUCUUGCUCAGCGGGGCCUGGUGGCCACAGGUAACCCUCACCGACACACCCACUCCACAGCCUGCUGCAUCCACUACCAUGUAGCCUUUUCUUUCCCUGAAGACACAGUAGGCCGUGUCCUCAGCCAGCAUCAGGGCAGUGGCAGGGGUGGCCAUGGCCCCCGCAGGCAAGACGCAGCAGGAAGAGCUUUGCACGCGACUCCACCGCGCCCAGGCCUUGGCCUUUUCCUUCCUCUGCAGAGGCCUGGGGGGCACCGGCCAGAAUGAGCACUUUAAGCCCUUCAGUAAAGCGGAGUCCUGGCCAGUGACCGGCUUGGCUCCCGCCCUGCCGAGGUGCCCCGCCGCGCACGUCAUGCCCACACCCUACCAGCAGGCGGCGCCACCGCCCUGCCAGGCUCCAGCUCUGGGUGGCUUUGUCGAAGUGUUUCAGUUUCUCUUUCCUUACAACCUUUGUGAGAGGAAGGGCCAGCGAGUCUGACUGUUGCAGCAGUAGCCAUGGACCUCCGGCUCCUGUCGGAGCAUUCCUCCCUGGCCACGGCCUCGUGCUCAUUCCUUGUUUUGUAGACUUUGGGCCCACAUGUUCCAUGGGCAUUGAUACAUAUAUAAAUAGAGAGAUAUAAACAUAUGAAUCUAUUUUUUUAAGUUUCCUACACCUGGAGGUUGCAUGGCCCUACGCCCGGCAUGUCUUUAUAUUGUAUACGGAUUUUGCACGCCGACCUUGGCAGCUCUGGGGAGGAAGAAGAACGCCUUUCAUUCCCCCUCUCGUGACAUUUGCAGAUAUAAAAAGAUGGGGAUUUUUCUGUAAAACAAAACAAAACCUUGAAGGAGAGGAGGGGUGGGGAGUUUGAGUCUUACUGAACUUAUUCUUAAGAAAGUGUACUUUUUAUUGUAAGAAAAAUUUAAAAGGACUACUUACACAUUUGUCAUAUUAAAGAAAAAGUUUACCUAGCACUUGUGACCUACCAGUACUAGAGUUUAUUGUAUUUAUGUGGAAACAGUGUUUCCGGGGGCCACAGACGCUCGAUGAGAGCCGCUGUCUCCCAAGUUGAUUUGGAGGAGUUCGGUUUGGUUCGGUUUGUUUCCUUUUUUCCUGCCGCAGGGCUGCCACACCUGUUCGCCCUGCCGGCCCUGUAAUUGCUCAUGGCUCUGAGGAGUCCCCUUCCUGGCAGCCCUGCACCCAGCUGCCGCCUAGGGCCCAGGGCACGGCCACCCGCGCUGGCAAAGCCUCCAGCAGGAAGGACAGCAACGUCCCUCUUUGUUUUCUGGUGCGUGCGCUCCAUAGUAGAGGCGCCUUUUCUGGUUUUCAGAGGCCGAGUGCGGUGACCUCUGCACAUUUCUCCCGGCUCGGCCUCACUCCAGAGAUGCCUGCCAUGAGGCAGGAGCGGACGUUGUCCGGGCACCCGCUGGGCCCUGCGAGUCAGCGUCACCUUCUACUGUCUGGACCUUCCCCAUGGUUCUUUCUUUUGCUCAGUGGAGUCGGAGGUCUUGUUUCGGUUUUUUCAUUCUUGUUUGUUUUGUGUGGGUGGCGCUCCGCUGACCACGGUGUUCUCCGAUGGUCAGCUUCUCCUGCCACCCCUGGAGUCCAGUGUUUGUACCACUUUGCGCACUGUCACUCUUGUGGUGUAAAUAAAGACUGCGUUCAUUGCCUCCA